GACGGAGAACAGAUGAAAAGAAACAAAAACAAGAGAAAAGAAAAAUAAACUCAUUUCUGCUCUUCUCUCGAUUUUGUUCGAACAUGGCGGGCACCCCCCUGUCCCGGACAUCCACCCCGCCCUCCGACUCCCUCUUCCACUCCGACCCGCCCUACAGCGCUCCAAACCCGGCCAGCUCCCCGCGGCUCCCUGGCGCUCGCCUUGCCGGAUCUUUCCUGAGCGGCGCGAGCGGCAGAGUCCCGGUCAGUGUUAACGGGACGAGCGGCGGAGGCGGCGCCGCUCCCCCGCACACCGAGUGUAAGAUGGUGGAAGUUCACGGCGUGAAAGUGGCUUCGUUCACGGUCAACGGCGUGGAGCUGAUCUGCCUGCCGCAGGUGUUCGAGCUGUUCCUGAAGCACCUGGUGGGCGGACUGCACACCGUCUAUACCAAGCUGAAGCGGCUGGACAUCAGCCCGGUGGUGUGCACCGUGGAGCAGGUGCGCGUCCUGCGGGGGCUCGGAGCCAUCCAGCCCGGAGUCAACCGCUGCAAGCUCAUCACCAGGUCCGACUUCGAGACGCUGUACCGGGACUGCACCAACGCCAGCUCUCGACCAGGUCGUCCUCCGAAACGGACACUGGGCGUGGCCACGAUGACUGACGGGUCCAGACUCCUCCCACACAGCCUGUUAAACCCCGCCCUACUGUCACAAACAGGUGUCCUGUGUCUCUUCUCCACAGGUCUGACGGCAGCUGCGAUGGCCGAGGCUCUGAAGCUGCAAAAGAUGAGGAUGAUGAUGGGUUUCCAUGGCAACAGCGAUCAGCAGCGCCAUCACAAUGGAGAGAGAACGAUGUCACCAUCGGAGAACGACGACACAGCAGGCAGCGAAGGAUCCUGGGAGAAGGAGCAGCGCCUCCUCUCUCCUCCUCCCUCCUCGGUUUUAGCGCCCCCUCAUGGUCCUGCGUCUCUCCACCUCAACACUCUGCAACAACACAGCACACUAUUGGCCAACCGGCUGUCAGACCUUCCUUUUAUGGUCAUGCCACACCCCCUGCUUCCUGUGGGCCUCCCUCCUGCUAGCGUUGCCAUGGCAAUGAACCAGAUGAGUCAGCUGAGUGGUUUGGCAAACAUGGCCGCAGUGUCCCAGGUUCAGAGAGAAGAGAGCAAGGAGUCUCCUCCAGGAAGCCCCUCCCCCUGCCCCUCCCCCAGUGAUGAUGAGCUCCAGCUUCAAGAACCAACCAGCCAGUCACCUUCUAGAGCAUCCUCAUCGUCCUCAUCUUCACCUCCUCCUCCAGCACGUACACCAGAGCUGGACUGUGAUCUCACAGAACAAGAAAACAACAUGAAAAAGGUGUUGAAAGAGAAAGAUGACAGCAUGUUGCCCCUCCCCCUCCUCAAAACAACCUAUGAGAAGCUGCCACUCACCUCUCAGCCGCUGUCCAUCAACCACGCAAACCCCGCCUUCACUCCGUUCCUGUUCGCUGAGGGUCUGUCGUCCAUGGAGACACUACUGACUAACAUCCAGGGUCUCCUGAAAGUGGCGGUGCAGAGCGCUCGAUCUCAGGACAAACAAAACCAGAUGGAGAGGAAAGAGUUGAAGCUCGAGCUGGAGAGAGAGAGAGGCACCCGGCAGACGCUACAGAGACAGCUGAGCUCCGAACUACAGACCAGAGUGUCGAUCCAGAGGAGGCUAAAGAAGGAGAAGAAGGCGAAGAGGAAGCUGCAGGAAGCGUUGGACUUUGAGUCGAGGAGAAGAGAGCAGGUAGAGCGAGCGCUCAAACACUCGGACUCCCUCGCAGAUGCAGUGAUUCCUGAGAGCGAACUGGAGAACAAACAGCAAGAAAACUCUGCAGCUCAAGAGAACCGACCAUUCAUCAAACCUCCACUCCUCUUCUGAGACCUCCCAUCUGUCAGACCAGCUGGAGGGAUGAACUGAUGAAGAGGAGGAAGAGAUGUAAUGGACUCAAGCAGGAGAAAAGAAAAAAACAGAUGAUGGAUGAAUAAAGAACAAAAACAAGAUAUAAAUACUCAAUAUCCCAUCAACCA